CGAUUAUAAACGUCAGAAUUCAAAGAAUUUUCACAACAACAGUAAUAAUAUUAGUAAUGUCAUGAAAUAAUUUGGUAGUUUCAAUUUCAAUGAAUGAACUCAAUUUGAAAUAAGGGAUUGCUAAAUUGUAAUACUUCAAGUAUGAAAAGAAGCUAGGGGUUACCUGAAAAGUAAUUGAAAAUUGAAGAAUUAUGUCCAAUGUAAACGACGAUUACUGGAAUAGUUCUUCCACAUCCAAAUUCAAUUUUGAUGAUGAGGACCUAUGUGCUAGCCAAAUUGAUUCAGUGGCUAAUGAUGUAUUCAGUAGUAAACAAGAAAAUAAUAUAAAUAUAUUUGCUAUAGAUUUUAUUAUAUCCAAAAAAUCUUUAGACUUAUUAUUAGCAGAUGCAGAUACUGAAAGUGUAUAUAUGGUUACAACUGUUGGAGAAGCUAUAAAGAAAUUGGUUCGUGGCAAUAAAGUAGUACUAGAACAAUUCAAAUCUUAUAAAGAUAAAUUGCAACUUUUAGAUGAAGCAAUUACUACAUAUAAUGGAGAUAUUAUUUUGAGGGUGACUGAUUUCCUCAGAAGUACUCUUAAAUUUAGUUUGUUCUGUAACAUACUUGUUAAACGAAGAGUUGCUCUUGUUCAUUAUUCAGAUUUCUUAAAAUUACAGGGAAACUCGGAUGAACUAGAAAAUCUCUAUAUGGCAACUGGUUUUACGACCAAUAUUAAAGAUCUAUAUUUUCUCAAAACUAGAAGUGAAAAAAAUAAACGUGAAACUUUGAAUAGGUUGAAAUAUUUCGUAUCUAGUCAUUCUCAAUAUUUGGAUAGCUUCAAUGAAAACAAAUUCUUAUCAGAUUAUGUUCGAUUUUUAGAAUGGCAAAUCACUAAUGGAGAAGAUAAAGAUUCAGUAAUUAAACAAUUAGCAAUUGUUUGCAAAAAGCAAUGGGAACAAAAUGCUAAUGAUGACCAAGUGAAUGAUUUCAAAAAUUUAUUCAAAAUAGAUGAUGCGCAAUUCGAAUGGACUGUUCUGAAUUGUUUAUGUCAUUUAGGAUUAUGGAAGAAAUUGAUAGGAAUGUUUGUGAAACCAAAUUGGUUUACCAAGAGAAAUGUAUUGAAAUCUGCUAUAAAUAGUGAUAAUUUUAUUUGGGGUGUGUCAAGACAUGAUCCACCCAAAAAUGUCAUUGAACAACUAUUGACGUGCCUUUAUGACUCUGAAAAAUCUCUUGCCUUUGCAGAAAAAUUUCAGUGCUAUAAGUUUAUGAUUGAGUACUAUAUUAAUCAAAAGGAUAGAAUGGGACUACUAAGGUGCCUAGAAAAAGUAGUUGCAAAUUCUGAAGAAUAUUUCACUAUCAAAAAAGCCUUAGAAUCUCAGGACAAGAGAUGGAAGAAUUGAAGAAAUAUUGGAAUUGAAUUAUAUCAGGAUAUUAUAUUUUUUAUGAUUCUCAAUAAAAAAUAUUUUUGUAUUUGCAGUGGAAAUAAAUUACAUUGACGAAAA